UAAGGACUGUCCUUACUUCUCCUUUCAGAGUUGAGCUGCCUGAGUACAUCCUGGACAUGGGCACUGUUGUUCAGGGUUACAGUAAAAGCUGCACUGUGAAGAUCACCAACACCUGGAAGUACCCAGUGGCCGUCCAGGCCAAUGAAUGUGCCCUGCGUGACACAGGUUUCAACAUAUACCUGGAGCCCAUGGAGUUCCUGAUCUACGAUGCCAGCAAAUGGUUUCAAGUGAACUUUGCAAGUGCCAACCUGCCCGUGGGAAAGGUGAACGUGCUCCUGCCCAUCAAGGUAGAGAAAGGCCCCACGCUGCACGUCCGCCUCUGUGCCACUGUGAUUCAGCUGCUGCUCAGCCUCUCCAGGAACAGACUCCAGUUCCCUGAUGUCCAGGUUGGGCAGUGCUGGAGUGAAACAGUCCGGCUUUACAACUGGUUCAGCGCGCCCUGUGAAUGGUUCCUCACUGUCAACAAACCCACCAAGAAGGUGGACAAACGUUUGACACCGGCCAUGCGUCAGAAGGAGCUCCAGGCUGCGAAGGAUGAUUCCCGUGUCUUUCAGUGGAAGGCCCGGGAGGGAACCCUCUAUGGUAGAGAGUGGUGUGACCUAAAGAUCCAGUUUUCCCCCCUGGAAGAGAAGUCCUACAAAACCGAGCUGAAGAUCAACAUUCGUGGGAACAGCCAGCUCCUCGUGCUGCACAUCUCAGGACAGGGUCUGGAGCCACGGCUGGAGUUCAGCCCCACAGAGAUCUGUCUCUUUGUCAUUCUCUUUCUCUCCCCCUUUCUCUCUUUUUCCCAUUUCUUUCUCUCUCUCUCUUCCUCGUGUUUACUGUUAAAUAAAAACCCGUACUAUUAACUUUGACAUACGGUC